GGUGGAGCUGCUCACAGGAGCUAAGAGAGUCGGCAGUGAAGUAAACGGAUUCAGAACGUCAUGUGUGAUUAAACGGGAGGACUGAAGUGCUCACAGGCAGGCUUGACAGCUUCUUUCGCAAAUCUUGAUUGGAUCAUAAUAACAUUUUUGUUAGUGCAUUGGACCGAAGAAAAUGUCCUACUAGCCCAAUAAAAGAUUUUCUACUUCCCAUACCUUUACUAUAGCUAGUUUACAGUUUUGCAUCUUUCUUUGUUAAGUUACUAUAAUUCUCCGAGGAGUUGUUUAACCUGCAGAGCUGCAGCCAUGCAGCAGGAGCUUUUGUUCAAAGUCCUGGUCAUCGGGGACUUGGGAGUCGGAAAAACGUCCAUCAUCAAGCGGUACGUGCAUCAGAUCUUCUCCCAGCACUACCGAGCCACCAUCGGCGUGGACUUCGCCCUUAAGGUGCUGCAGUGGGACGAUGACACUGUGAUCCGGCUACAGCUGUGGGACAUAGCAGGACAGGAGCGGUAUGGGAACAUGACUCGUGUCUAUUACCGGGAGGCGGUGGGAGCGCUGGUGGUGUUUGACGUGACGAGGGCCUCCACUUUUGACGCCGUGCUGAAGUGGAAGGAUGACCUGGAUUCCAAGGUGACCCUGAACCACGGGAGGCCAGUUCCAGCUGUACUCUUGGCCAAUAAGUCGGACCAGCUGGGUUCCCAGCAGUCCAAACUCGACUCCUUCUGCAGGGAGAACGGCUUUGUUGGCUGGUUCGAGACCUCUGCAAAGGAAAACGCAAACAUCAAUGAGGCAGCACGCUGCUUGGUGGAGCACAUUCUGAACAACGAGGAGAGCCCGGUGGUAGAGCGAGACCCCAGCUCCCUCGUCUUGUCUGGAUACACUAACACCACGAAGGAUAAUCCCAACUGCUCGUCAUGUGUGAAAUGGUGACUCCUGACCAAUCAUAGACAGCCAGGAAGUGAACAGCUGUGAGGUCACGGCCACAGAGAUAAGUUUGGCUCAGGGAAAUUGCCUUAGGCUAUAGUGAUUAAUGAAGAAAACUGUAAAACAGGUUGAACUUUGUACACAUUUUCAUGGGCUGUGUUCACACUGCAGGCCAAAAGGAUAGCUGGAGCGCAACUUUAUAUACAUUUAGACGUGAUUUCUGAAGAUCCUUUAAAAAGUCUGACAUUUUGUUUUUUUUAAUUCAAGGUACAAAAAAAAAACUCCUAAACUUUAGGAAGAUAGGCAUUAAAUGAAUGCCUUUCAGGCUGAUAUGUCAACUUUUUAUUUUUAUCGUUAUGACUUAUAUUUUACAACUACGGAAAAAAGUUUAUUUCUUGUUUUUUUGCAACGGAAAUUGUACAUUAUUAUGUUUUCUAAAGUCGUUACAUUUGCACAUGAAAAGUACUAUUAUGUACACUUUUUGUACCUUCGCUUCUCUGGUCCGCUUUAAACAUAUUUGACA